AUGAUGAUUGAAGCGUCACCCGAACUGAGUGAUGGCUUCGACCACUGGGCGUCUGGUGGACACGUCAAUGCCGAGGCAUCUGUGGGUUGCACUGUGGCCAUCGCCUGCAGCUUGGCGAGCGUUGGCUUCGGCACAUGGUACCUCCUCAGACCAGACAGGCUGCAGCCCCUGAAGGAGAGCUUCGCGCCCGGGUCCUUUUCCCGGCUUCCGCGGCUGUGUGCCCAGGCAGGAUCGUCCAUCUGGGCCUGCGAAGGCAGCCUACCCCAGUGGCGGCACAAGACGCUUCACCUGCGUAGUGGCAGCUACCACAUGACUGCCUUGGACAAAGCUGCGACGACCAGCAUUGCUGGCCGCUGGGCCGCCGAGUGUGAGGUUCUACAGCUGCAAAGCGUCAGCGCCACCUCCCUCGGUGCCAAGUCAAGUGACGAGGUCCUUUGCCUCCGCGUAGCCGAUGGCUGCCCCUCAGAAGCGGUCGAGGGGGGCGUGGUGACGGUGGAGCUGAUGCCGGGCUUUGGGUUGCUGGACCUCUACGGGCAGCCAGGUCUGUACCACGUGCAGGACCAGUCCCUGCUGCGGUCCACGGAAAUGGCCAAGCGUGGCCGGUACAGCGCCACCGACUUCUUCUCUGGGCGCAAAGACCGAGUUGUGCGUGCUCUCGAGGCACUCCUGGAGGCGUCUGACAAGGAGCAGUCCGGUCGUUUGCAGGUGCUGGUCAAUGACGGCGCCGCGACCAUGGCAGAAGCUGGAGAGCUCAUGCAGCUCGGGGAGACCCCCGCAGGCGGCCCGGCAGAGAGCAAGCUCUCACUGGUCACCGUUCUGGCUCAGCUACUGGACUCCAGGGGCGAUGCCUACGCCUUGCUGCCCAUGAUUCUGCGAGCGCAGUGCGCCGGAGGGCCUUCUUUGAGACCGGCGGCGUCCGAGCUCCGCGAGGUGCUCGUGCGUCACAGUGGCAGCUGGCAGGUCUCAGCAGAGGAUAUCUGCACAUCCCUGCAGCGAGGGUACUGGUCCCUUCCUGCAGAUCAGACCGGCCUUCAUCUGCGCGAACGGGAGGCGGAGCGCCUGCUAGAACGUGCCCGGCGUGAGCUCUGGGCCGAGGGAAGCGCCUCGCGGAAGGAGCUUGAGCUGCAGAUUCGCAAAUUCCUGUGCCUGCACCUCGUUGGCUCGGCGGCAUGUGCAGCGCGGCUGAGGUUCAGUUUCGCUCGCCCUGCAGCCACGCCGAGUGCAGAGGGGCUACUCUCCGCGCAUGGCUUCUCACCUUUGCUUGGGAUGCCUGGAUUGUGGUGGCGCCUGGAGUUGGCACCGCUGGAGCUUCCGGAGAUCUAG